UAUAUCAGCAAACCCUGUAAGAACAUCCAAACUGCCCAUAUAUACCCCCUUAUCUCUCUUGCUUUCCGACACUAUCACCCACUACCCUAAAAGCUUAAGCCACCCCCACUCCACACACACACACACUUGCCGCCGCCACCGUGAACCGCCGCAUUGACAACUGAUCUCUCCACUGAACUACCCGCCCAUCCGAAAAUGAUAAGGACCCUUCAUUCUUGUCUCCUCAUUCUCCUCCUUUCUCCGACAAUGCUUAUCUCAACUACCCACGCCGGCGAGGCACCAAAGCACGACCUCGUCCGCCGCUCCUGCGUCCACGCCAGCUACCCGGAAAUCUGCCUCCGGACCCUCUCCUCCUACGGUGCCGCCGCCAGCACCCCCAGGGAUUUGGCUCAGGCGGCGGUGAGGGUGAGCCUGGCUCACGUGCGCAGGGCCUCGGAGUUCCUGUCCCAGCUGAAGGUCGGCGGGCGGAACUGCGUGGAGCAAAUGGGCGACUCCGUGGAGGAGCUGAGCAAGACGCUGGCCGCUCUGGAGCACCUUCGGCGCGGCGCCGAUUUCAGGUGGCAGAUGAGCAAUGCGGAGACGUGGGUGAGCGCCGCCUUGACGAACGAGGACACCUGCCUCGACGGGUUCAAGGAGAUCGACGGCAAAGUCCGGUCGGAUGUGCGGCGGAAGAUCACGAACGUCGCUAGAGUUACAAGUAACGCGCUUUAUCUCAUCAACCUUCUCGACGAUCAGUCCCGAGGCAAACCUUGAAUAAGUUUGAUGAACACCCACAUCGAAUCCAUGGCUUCCUCUGUUUCAAUUUCACUACUCUAUGAUCUAAACUCCGACUCUCCCAAAUCUCUCUCCUCCCUCCCUCCCUCUCUCUAUAUAUAUAUGUAUGCAUAAGUGCAUAUAUGAGUUCAUAAUGUAGUCUUGUAAUAUUUGUGCCGCCCCUUGUUAGUUCCGUGUUUGUGUGUGCAUAAUUUUGCUGAAAUUAGUAGCUUCUGCUUGCCAAUUUCUUCUU